AUGGUCUCUGUCAUGCUGGAUGACGCAAGUGCUGCAAAAAUAAAAACUAUCCCUCUGUCCAAUGACACUGUCGCCAGACGUAUAAAUGACAUUGCUAACGAUCUUAAAGAACAGCUGGUAGAUAAACUCAAAGACAAACGUUUUGCCUUACAAGACAGAGCCACAGCUGAAGAGCUAUUCAAAAUGCUGGACUGCUUCCUGACUGAGAAUGGGCUAAAGUGGGAGAACUGCAUUGGUGUUUGCAGUGAUGGUGCACAGACCAUGGCAGGGAUGAGAAAAGGACUUCGGGCUCUUAUCAAGAAGGAAUCACCUAAUGCUGAGUGGACACACUGUGUUAUACACAGAGAAGCACUGGCAUCAAGGCACCUUUCCUCUGAAUUAAGUGAGGUUAUGACUGACAUUGUAGGUGUAGUAAAUUUUAUAAAGACCAGACCACUGAAAACAAGAGUCUUCUCUGCUAUCUGUGAGGAGAUGGGAGCUGAACAUCAAGCUCUGCUGUUUCACAGUGAAGCAAGGUGGCUGUCACGAGGAAAAGUCUUGUCCCGAGUUUUUGAGCUCAGAGAGCAGAUAAGAAUGUUUUUGGAGCAGGAGAACAAGUAUGACCUCGCAGAAAAAUUUAGUGGUGAGAACUUCCUGGCAAAACUGGCCUACCUGAGUGACAUAUUUGGAAAGUUAAAUGAACUAAAUUUACAGCUUCAAGGGAAAGAUAAACACCUCCCUCAGGUCACAGACAAGAUCAGCUCUUUCACUCGAAAGCUUGCAAUGUGGGGCAGGCGACUCGAUGAAGGAAAUACUGAUUCAUUCGAGAACCUGCAUGAAUUUGUUGACACUACUGACUAUGAUGCCACCUCAGUGAUUCCACAUAUCAAGGAGCAUAUUUCAUCACUGAUGGGAUUCUUUAAAAAGUACUUCCCUGAAAACAGUUCCCAAUAUGAUUGGGUGAGAGAUCCUUUCAAUGCACCAGCUCCAACUGGUUUCAGCUCUGCAGAGGAGGACCAGUUCAUUGAAAUGACGUCUGACUCCACAUUGAGACUGAGGUUCACAUCACAGACACUGAGUGAAUUCUGGCUGACUGUAGAGAGGCAGUAUCCACUCUUAGGGCAGAGGGCCAUGGGCAUUCUUCUUCCUUUUGCAACAUCUUAUCUUUGUGAGAUUGGCUUCUCUGCUGUUGCUGCACUGAAGACCAAGUACAGGUCCAAGCUAAACAUUGAGCAGGAGCUGAGAGUUGCAAUCUGGGUUCAGGCUGCCAGAGUGCACUAG